AUGGCGCCUGCAUCUUCUACAGCCUCUAUCUGUAGGCGUCUCUUUAGCGAAUCAGUACCUCGUGCAAUUGUUCAAAAGACUUUAGAAAAUGUUAUUACGAAGGACCAAGAACGGUUUUCUACUCGAUGGAAUUUCGAUUUAUUUCGUUCCGGACUAACCGAGGAUAUUAACAAGCUCCAGACUCCAGUUUCGUCUUCAGUGGCUAGGCUACACCCCAAAUUGGAGGAAAGCAAACGCCUUGAACCCAUCAAAUGGAAGCUCGUGCAGCCAGAUGCAAUUUUCUAUUCAACGCCACCCCGGAAACUGAAGGCCCGCCGUCGUGUUUCUCCUUCAUUUGCCGAAUGUGUGAACCAAGAAAGCCCUAUUGGUUCACAGAACGAAUGGGAAUCAAAGGAGAACACUUCCGAUACGUGUGGAGUACCUCAGAACCAAACUUCAGUUCCACCACCGGGUCCGGUUCAGAACCAGCCGGCAGAGACACCCGAUAGAAAGAUUCGAAGAAGCAUUCUCAUUCGACCACACAGUCGGGAUGAGGGAAACGUUUUUCAGAUCCUUCCUUUCAGCCAAUUUUCUAUCGCUAAGGCUUCAGCCCUGGGCUCCUUGCAGAGGGUCAAAAGGUCUCGCUUAUCCGAACAGCCCGUAAAACGCUGUCUCGAUAGCAGAGUUACUGAUUACUUUGCCGUGAGCAAGCGAGCUCGGGAAUCUUUGAAAUAA